ACUACAUUUCCCAGAAAACUAUGUGGUGCGUCCAUUCACUCCUUAGCAACCACCUGGAGAUUGUGAGAGUCACGCUGUGAGCACUGAGCGUCAGGCUAGAGAGGGGGAAAACAAAAAGAAAUGUUUUGGAUGUAAGCUCUGCCACGAUUCAGAAAUAAAUGUUGAGCCGGGGAACAGAAAAUAGUGAGUGUUAAAGGUUGGGUCACUCCCGACAAGCUCUAGACCGACGGCCCGAUCAUCAGGAGAGGCGGCCGGGUCCGGGAAACUCAAAUGGCCGGCGAAGGUCCAUCAACAGCAUCGCUAGGAAAGCCUCAGGCUAUUUCACCAAUUCCCACUAACCGAAACCUCCUUUGCCGCAUUCGGACACACGUUAACACCGAGACCGGGGAGGUGGGCUGUCCUGAUCAAGGACCAGAUGAGCAGCGGUAUAUUAUUUACAGGAAUGUGUUUGAUAAGGUCAUUGAGAAUGCAACAGCAUACAAAUAUAUCCUCACAUCCAUCAAAAAAGAGUAUGAAGAAAACAUCAAUAUUUUACGUAAAGGGAAAGAAGAUUCUCUGUUUCUACAGAGGAAGGUGAAAUCAAUGGCCUUCGAACCAAUGACUUACUUGGCUUACAAAAAAAGAGCCACGCAGCUUCGAAACAAAAUUGAUCUCAUUAAACAAAAUACUGCUGGAUUAGAAGCUCAGCUGCAGGCAGUAAGAAAUUCAAGACAUGUUCAAAAGGAGCAAACAGAGGAGACUUUACCACCACAGGAAGAUAUCUUUCAUAUUACAAGUAUUCCAGGUUUGACAUUGCAGGAAUCUACAAAUGUGGAGGAUCUAUGUAAACACCUGAGGAAACUAGAAAAGAAACUCAAGGACUUAAAAUUUGCAAAAGAAACUAAAUAUGUACCAGUCCAAGUCAAAAUUAAUAUAAUCCAAGAAAUUAAUCAGAAAAUGCAACAAUGGGAAGUGCUAGACAUGGUGAAUAAACAACUCAGACUCAGGUACAAACGAAUACAGAUCUUAGCAGAUGCAGUUGCUGCUUGGGGGUACUCGGAUAAAAGUGUUUCUCUCACCGAAUAUAUUUUGCCAAGCUUAACAGAAGCAAUUUCUCUCAAAGAGGUUGGUACUCUUUGGCCUGAAAUAUUGGACGCAGAUGAUCCAAGUGCAAUUAACGAACCAGCAUACUUGUUAGAAUAUGUUGAGAGAUUUAAUAAACUGUUUGAUGAUAAGCAAUAUAAGGAAGCUGCAAUACAUGUAGCAAAUUGCCCCAGAGGAAUUCUUCAUAAUUUGGAGAUCAUGGAACGGUUUAAAGCUGUCACAGAAUAUGAAGGGCAUAUUUCUCCUCUCCUGCAAUUCUUUGAAGCUGUAAUGAGCUCUUUUUCUGCUGUCAGACAUUCACCUAAAGCAAAAAUGUCCUUGGAGGGAGUAGAAUGUGCACUGAAGCAAAACCGACUGGACCUGGUCAUUCACUGGGUAAUACAACAGAGAGUAACAUGUUGUGAAGAAUUGGGAGACUUGAUUUACAAUUAUGGCGAUACUGAACUACGGAGAAUGGACACAUGCAUGGGCCUGGCUCAGAUUGUCUAUGAUAAAUGUAAUGUGCCCAAGAAAGCUGCUCUGUGCAUGUGCAUGUGUGGGCAGAUUUCUGGAGCAAUGGCAUAUAUUCAUGACUGCAAGAAGUUCAGCUUGGAUGAUUAUUUAUUCUUGUUGAACAAGUGCCCAAACGCUGAGUUAAUUCAGUGUCUGACUCAUGAAUGGAACGGAAAGCCAGCAGUUCUCUCAACUGGGAUUGCUGUACUGUGGCUGAUUUCAAAUGAUCAUGAGGAAACUGGAUUCCAUCUUCUGAAAGAAAUAUGUGAUUCAGGUCAAGAUGCUAUGCAGCAAACUAUCCUUAAUGACGUUAACUGUACAUUGGAAAAUUGGCAAGAGAUUGCAGAUAAAUGCAACACUCACAACCACAAUGCAUUGGCAGACAGCAUUUUUACUGUGCUAACAUCACAAGAAGGAGGAACUGUGAUAACAAUUACCACUGAAGCUGAUAAUGAUGGUGCAAAAUUAAUAGAACAUAUUUUUUUGUAGCUCAGAUUCUUACAGCAAAUUUUACAGAACUUGUUCUUCACUUAAAACAAUGUAUGUUUUAAAGCAUUCUAACUAAAAUAUGGCAAUUUUAUGAGAUGUUAAAGUCAUUUUUAAACUUGUACGUUUUUUACACAUGGAGGUUUAUCACAUCUUAAGGACAUGCUAGUAUGCUUUAUGAUAAAAUGUAUUAUUUUUGAAAUGUUAUGUUGGCAGACAUUGCAGUCAAUUUAUAUACUCCAAGACUCCACAAACAGUAAAUAAAUGAGUGAUUAGACAAUCUGUUUCUUUUGUUGUGGAUAAAGCAUGAAUGUUGCCCAGAACAUUGAGAGAAGUUCUCACUGUUUAAGUAUGCCGUUAGAUUGUUCAUAUCCACAUGAAUAAAUAGCGGGAAGUGUGGUGUGAUUUCUCUUCUAGAAGAUUGCAUUUCUGACAAUGCAGUGCUUCCUCAACUAUGCUGCAGCUAGGUUAUGUGCUUAAGUGUUGAACCCACAAUCCUCUGUAACAGAAUUAAUGGUGGUACAAAAAUGAGUGAAGCUUUUAUCCGAUAAAACUUUACCUUUUCCGCGCAGUAAUGUGUUACUUAAUGCCCAUCUUGUUGCUGUGAAUUAAACACGAAAACCUGACCUUGUACAGUUUUAUUAGUAAUGUGGAGAGAUUCCAGCCACGCAGCAAGUUCCCAAAUGACAUUCAUUAUUGCUUGUUAAAUGCCUUGUUAACAGCCAAUUUGCCAUGAGUUGUGAUUUUACCAAACUUGCCAUACACCCUGAUUGUCUGGCCUGUCCCAGGUGCAUUCAGUGGAGGAAACCAGGGAGAAUUCUACUGACAUAAGCCUUUUUUCUUAAAGCUUUUGCUGCCAUAUUUCAGGAGUUAGAGGUCCAAAAGUAAAAGAGGAAAAGUAAGUUUUGGGAUCAGUAAGUGUCAGCAUGGAUUUACAAAAGGGAAAUCAUGCUUGCCAUCUACUUGAGUUUUUUGAGAUGUAACUAGGAGAGUUGAUAAAAGGGAGCUAGUUAAUGUGAUUUACGUGGAUUUUCAGAAAGCUUUUGGAACCAUAUAAAUGAUUAGCAUGUAAAAUUAAAGCACUUCAGGUUUGGGGAUAGUGUACUGAUAUGGAUAAAGAACUGUUUAGGACACAGGAACCAUUAGUAGCUGGCAAUGGGUUAUUUGUGGUAGCAACUCGUGAUAAUAUGGCUUGAUAUGUUGGGUUUGGGGAAAGGACAUGGGAAAAAGUGCUCAGGCCCUAAAAUUAUUGAAUUCGAUAUUGAGCCCUGAAGGCUGCACAGUGUCCAAGUGGAAAAUGAGAUCCUGUUCAUCCAGCUUGUGCUGAGCUUUGCUGGAGUACUGCUGCCAGCCUGAGACAGAGAUGUUGGCCAGUGUCGAUGGUGGUGUGUUGAAGUGGCAUGCAACCGGAAGCUUGGGGUUAUUUU